GUGGUCCAGAGGCCCCGAGGAGACUUCUCCACCCAGGUGAACUCCUCGUCCCUCAACUCCCCGACGGGCCGAGGCUCCAUGGCCGCCCCCUCGCUGCACCCCUCCCUGGGCCCGGGCAUCGGUUCCUCUCUCGGCUCCCCGGGACAGCUGCACUCACCCAUCAGCACCCUGAGCUCCCCCAUCAACGGCAUGGGCCCGCCCUUCUCGGUCAUCAGCUCCCCCAUGGGCCCCCACUCCAUGUCAGUGCCCACCACACCUGCCCUGGGCUUCGGCACGGGCAGCCCCCAGCUCAGCUCACCCAUGAACCCCGUCAGCAGCAGCGAGGACAUCAAGCCCCCCCUGGGCCUCAAUGGUGUCCUCAAAGUCCCGGCCCACCCCUCAGGGAACAUGGCGUCCUUCACCAAGCACAUCUGUGCCAUCUGUGGGGACCGCUCCUCAGGCAAGCACUACGGGGUCUACAGCUGCGAGGGCUGCAAGGGCUUCUUCAAGCGGACGGUGCGCAAGGACCUGACCUACACCUGCCGGGACAACAAGGACUGCCUGAUCGACAAGCGGCAGCGGAACCGCUGUCAGUACUGCCGCUACCAGAAGUGCCUGGCCAUGGGCAUGAAGCGGGAAGCCGUACAGGAGGAGAGACAGCGGGGCAAGGACAGGAACGAGAACGAGGUGGAGUCCACGAGCAGCGCCAACGAGGACAUGCCGGUGGAGAAGAUUCUGGAGGCGGAGCUGGCUGUCGAGCCCAAGACUGAGACAUAUGUGGACGCAAACAUGGGGCUGAACCCCAACUCGCCCAACGACCCCGUCACCAACAUCUGUCAGGCCGCGGACAAGCAGCUCUUCACGCUGGUCGAGUGGGCCAAGCGGGUCCCGCACUUCUCUGAGCUGCCCUUGGACGACCAGGUCAUCCUGCUGAGGGCAGGCUGGAAUGAGCUGCUCAUCGCCUCCUUCUCCCACCGGUCCAUCGCCGUGAAGGACGGGAUCCUCCUGGCCACGGGGCUGCACGUCCACCGCAACAGCGCCCACAGCGCCGGGGUCGGCGCCAUCUUUGACAGGGUGUUGACGGAGCUCGUGUCCAAGAUGCGGGACAUGCAGAUGGACAAGACGGAGCUGGGCUGCCUGCGCGCCAUCGUCCUCUUCAACCCCGACUCCAAGGGGCUCUCGAACCCGGCAGAGGUGGAGGCACUGCGAGAGAAGGUGUACGCGUCCCUGGAGGCCUACUGCAAGCACAAGUACCCAGAGCAGCCGGGAAGGUUCGCCAAGUUGCUGCUGCGCCUGCCGGCCCUGCGCUCGAUCGGCCUCAAGUGCCUGGAACAUCUCUUCUUCUUCAAACUCAUCGGGGACACGCCCAUCGACACCUUCCUCAUGGAAAUGCUGGAAGCCCCCCACCAAAUGACUUAGGCCCGCCGGCCCGUCCUUCGCGCCCGCCUGCCGGCCUGGCUGCUCCCGCCCGGCCGCCCGCUGCUCUUCUCAGCCGAGCCCCGUCCCCUGCCCCUUCCCUGCCCAGCCUCUGCGGACGUGGGGACGCGGCCUGCUAAGCCUCCGUGUUGCCACCUCGCCGUUCCCGGUGCUGCUCGUGCGGGAAGCCGGGCCCCGGCGUUCCUGGGGUAGCGGGGCCAGCUCUCCGGGCCG